AUCACACUGGAGUUCGCGCGACUCAAGAAACAUUUUACUAGUGAAUUCGGCAUCAUGCCGAUGUGGAAGCGACGAGCUUCAGUGUUCUGGUAUGACAAUCACCAUUGGAGUGACUGAACAAAGACCGAGAAACUUGGUUGGCAAGGUGAAGUGCAGUGAAAUGGGACUGCCAUCUCGUGCCGACCAGGAAGCUCAGAUCAACAGCGCCCGGAAGUCUGCGACACGUGUGAGAGAUCGCCUACGCGCGCGUGUGUGAUCGUCCGCUUUCAAAAAUGAUUGUCGCCUUCUCUAUGAUUCUCGACCAACCCAGACUUCAAUGC